AUGACAUUCUUGCAAAGUCUCAUCAUGUUUGUCAUACAGCAAAAUGUUGAAGACAAGGAAGAUUUGUUGGCUCAUGCUGGAGCUGUUACUAUUGAUGCUGGGUUUCUUCUUUUCGACGAUGGAGUUUCCAAGCGAAAUUAUAGAAGACUUGUGUUACGCGAAAGCUUUGCAGAAAACAAGGUGUACGACGUUUCAACGUUGAUGCAAAAGAUCAAGCCUAUUCGUCCUCAGGUCCAUAAGACUUACACUGAAGCACUGAAUAGCUCUAAGUUAGGGCAAGCUUACUUGUUCCUCCUCCUGAUCAAGGCAAAUUCGCUAAUCAGUCGCCUCAAGAGAGGAUCAAGACAAUUGCGGAUCAUGGCAAUUGUGGGUAUGCCGGGUCUAGGCAAGACUACUAUUGCGGAAAAAGUUUACAAUGAUCCUUCGGUCUCGUACCAUUUCUCUGCUCGUGCGUUCACUACUGUUUCACAAACAUUUGACAAAAAGGGAGUGAUACUUCACCUGCUGAAUCAAGUUGAUCUUGACAAAUGUUCCCAGAUUGCUCCGGAUGCAAAUGCCGAAGAUGUAGCUGAGCAGCUAUGGCACAGUUUAAAAGGAAAGCCGUAUCCCAUCAUUUUGGAUAACAUAUGGGACAUUAAAGCCUGGCAAGAAUUACACAGAUCGUUCCCUGAUGAUUCCAAAGGGAGUAGAAUCAUGGUUACAAGUCACGGUCAUGAUAUCGUUCCUCCAGGUAUGCUUGCUGAAAAGGUUUUUGAGCUGAGACUACUCAAUGUGGAAGAGAGCCUAGACUUGUUGCAGACGCAUUUAUUCGGUAAAGAUGGUUGGCCCCCUGAAUUAGUUGACCUCGGGAAGGAAAUUGUUGAAAUAUGCAAUGGAUUGCCUCUGACAAUCCUCAUUGUAGCUAGAGUUUUAAGAUCCUCGAAGCCAGAGGAAUGGAAGAAAAUCAUGGAUGGUUUAAGAUUUGGAAAAAUAUCCGAGCGCUCCAGAGAUACACUGGAGCUGAGUUAUAAACAUCUACCUGAGCAUUUGAAGCCAUGCCUUUUGUAUUUUGCGACGUUUGAAGAAGAUCAACAGCUCUCGGUCAGGAGGCUACUUUCGUCAUGGAUGGCUGAAGGAUUUGUACGGAAAGUUGAGACGAAGCGCCUAUCAGAUGUUGCUGAAGGCAAUGACAAAACAAGUUCAGACAAUAUGGAUGUGGGGUGGCACCUAGCGAAUAUCGACAACUCGCCUGAUUUAUGCGAGUUGGAAAGUAUUACCAGUGUGGCUAUUCCUUGUGAUGGUGUGGAAAGAGUACUGAAAAAGUUUCCAAAUCUUUGUAAGUUGGGACUGAAUCUCGGUGGAUUUCCAGAUGAUUCAAGUACUCUUGCCCGUGUUGUAGUUCCUGAGGCUUUGAGCCACCUGGAAUCACUUGAUGUCUACCACGAUGAAUCUAACCAUCUUACGGUUGAGUUUAGCUUGCCGGAAAACCUGAAGAGAUUGUCUUUACGGGACACGUGGAGAAUGGAAGAUGAGCAAUUCUCCAAUCUCCGAAUCUUGAAACUGAUGUGGUCUCAGCUUCGUCAGUGGAGUGGUUCUGAUGAUCAGUUGGGAUGUCUUGAGAAGUUGGAACUUUACAGAUGUUUCGAUUUGAAAGAGAUGCCGUCUUGUUUGGAAACCAUUCCGGUGCUUCAAACAAUCAAGGCUGCUUAUUGUUCUGGAACGGUGGCAAGGUUGGUGAAGAAGAUUGGGGAACAACAGGUGGAUUAUGGAAAUUUAGAUGUGAAGAUUACCAUUUCUGAUGUCUCUUGGUUAGCAUGCCAUGAUAACUUCUCAACCAGCUUUUGCGCUGGGUGUAAAAUUUACACUGAAGCACUGAAUAGCUCAAAGUUGACUUCAGUAGAUCGCGGUACAGCUUACGAAUCCAUUGAUGCAACGCGGAACGUCCUUUCUUGUCUCAUACCAAUUCUUUAUCGGAAGCUUGCACAAAGCGGCCGUGUUGUAGAUCCUAACAGGAAUCAACUCCAAGAGUUAUAUGAAGAACUAAGAUCUUUGAGAGAAAUGGUUAUCAAGCUACAGCCAAACAAACUUGAUCAGAAUAAUAUUCAGGCAGACAUUGUUUCUGUGGUAUGUGAUGUCGAAGUACUCAUUUGCUCAUUGCAACAGACUCAUGAUCAGGAAACAGGCCUAAUUAGAGUUAUGACUCAAGAAUUGUCUGAAGCAAUCAAGAAAAUUCUAUCAAACCUUGGAGAGAAAGAUGCUCAGGUACCUGUUUUCAACUCUAGCAGCACUACUCUGUUUGUUUUUAUUGACUUUUUAAUAGAAAAAUUGAUGGAGCUGACAAGAAACAUUGAUGAAAUGAAUACUUGGAAUUGGGCUGAGACAAUCCGAGGACAACUUGUCUCCUUGAGAUCCUUCCUGGAGGAGGACAUUGUGGAGUUACCAAAUGAUCAAGAGGAACUCCAAGCUCUCAAGCGUCGUAUUUUAGAGGUGGCAUACACGGUGGAAGACCUUAUCGAGCACUAUUUACUGGUUGGUUGUCUCUAA